CCUCGCCUCUCUCUCUCUCGUACAUUUCAAAAUUUUUAAAACGACGCAUCACACCAGAAAUCCCUUUUGUCACUUUUAUAUUUUCUCUCAUCGUUGUAGUUGUUGUUGUCGUUGUUGCUCCUGUUUUUGUUGCUGUUGUUGGUUGCAGUGCCGCUGUGGGUAGGUGUAGCUGCCUUGUUUCUCUCUCUCCUUUCAUCCCCUUAUAAUCCGGCACAUACACUGCUGGUGUGAGUGUAAGCAGAUCGAAGGAAGAAACAAAAAAACAGGCAAUAGCAAGGAACUAAUCUCUUUUGGAGGAAGAUAAUAUGGCAGGUGUUGGCGAAUUCCGUUGCUGGGAAGACCUGAUACCAGAUGCUCUCGCGCUGAUCUUCAGCCAUCUCUCUCUACAAGAGAUCUUGACCGUUGUUCCAAGGGUCUGCAAGUCUUGGGCUAUAGCAGUUUCAGGGCCUUACUGCUGGCAAGAUAUAGACAUUGAGGAAUGGAGCCUCCAGCGUAAGCCAGAGCACCUGGAUCAAAUGCUUCGGAUGCUUGUCACCAGAAGCUGCAGUUCCGUUCGUCGGCUCUCCGUCUCCGGCCUCCCCAAUGAUGCCGUCUUCUCUUUCAUCGCUGACCGUGCCCGUUCGCUCCAGACCCUGCAGCUGCCCAGAAGUGAAAUAAGCGAUUCGAUAGUUGAACAGGUCGCGGGUAAAUUAUCCAACAUCACUUUCUUGGAUUUGAGCUACUGUGGGAAGAUUGGCGCCCGUGCUCUUGAGGCAUUCGGGAAGCACUGCAAAUCACUUGUCGGAUUGAAGCGGAUAAUGCACCCAUUGGAGGUGGCAGAUAAAGUCUGCCAGGAUGAUGAAGCCCUUGCAAUUGCGACCACAAUGCCCAAGCUCAAGCAUCUUGAAAUGGCCUACUUGCUUCUCACCAACCGUGGUGUGCUCGAGAUCCUUUCAGGCUGCAGGGAGCUUGAGUUCUUGGAUGUGAGGGGCUGCUGGGAUGUGGAGCUCGACGAGUUCGUGAAGGAGAAGUAUGCUGGUCUGAAGGUGUUGGGACCCCACAUUGUCGACUGCUAUGAGAUGAAUAACUGGGACGAUUGCUCAGAUUACUCGGAUUCAUCCAGUUUUGUGUCUUGGGAGUUCAUGGAUGAUGAUGCUGGGGAUUACGAUGGGGAGAGUUUUGAUGGCAUUUGGGACGACGAACAAGGGCUGGAUGGUUUGGAGGUGAGGUUCUAUGAAGGGUUCAAUGAUAGUGUAGCUGGGUUUGGUUGGCCAUCAUCUCCCUGAGGUCUGGUCUUGUUUCUUAUGCUAAAUGGAGGUUUGAGAUUGUACUGCUAUGCUGCCGCUGCUGCUGCCGUUCUUACUGCUAGUUCCACUUUGCUGUGAGGAGGUUUUGGGAUAGAUGUAUGCCUGAGGGAUGUAUAUGUUUUUCUUCUUUGUUUACAUGGAAGUGAUGUCGAUCUCAUCUUUGGAUUUGCAGCGCUUGUUCUGAUCUUUCUCCUACUACUUGUAUUGGAUUCAAGAGAUUUUAUGGCAAUUGAGCUGGAUAUCAAAUU